UCCCAGCCCAUACAAAUUUGAGUCAGAGAGAGAGAGAGAGAGAGUAAGAGAGUGAGAGAGUGAGAGGGAUGCUUUAUUGAUCAAGCCCAUCCUAGUCUCAAGAGAGCAGACUGAAUCUUCAGAAGAAACCAAACGCUACUACGAUGGAACUGCUUUGGAUGCUUUUGACUUUGGCUGCGGGUACAUCAGCGAUGCCCGAGCAGUACAGCCGAGCAGUGGAUUGGUUGAGCAGGUAUGGCUACCUCCCUCCGCCCGACCCCCGGACGAGUAAGCUGCAGUCCAAGGAGGGCAUCGAGAAGGCCAUACGGGUCAUGCAAAGAUUCGGCGGCGUGCGGGAAACCGGCGUGCUCGAUGAUGAAACGCUGAAGCUCAUGUCGACACCGCGAUGCUCCCUUCCCGAUAUUGUCGGGAGCGAGGACAUGUUGAAGAAGAGAAGGAGGAGGAGAAGAUAUGCGCUGUCAGGUUUGAAGUGGCACAAGAGCGAUCUGACAUGGAGCAUCCACAGCUACCCGUCGCCCACCCUCUCCCCGGGCCUGCCCUCAAAUUUGGUGGAAGGCAUCCUGACCCACGCCUUCAAAGCUUGGAGCGACGCCACCCCUUUGACAUUCCUCCAGCUGCCGGGCGGCGGCGGAAACCCGCCGAGCGGCGGUGACAUCAGAGUGUCCUUCAACAGCUUACUGCACGAUGACGGGUAUCCCUUUGACGGGCAAGGGGGCACCUUAGCCCACGCCUUCUUCCCCGGUAGAGACGAGGUGUCCGGUGACACGCAUUUUGAUGACCAUGAAAGAUGGAGCUAUGGAGGGAACAUCGACAGCACUACCGACUUGUUCACGGUGGCGGUACACGAGUUCGGCCACGCACUGGGCCUGUCGCAUUCCUCCUCGGACCCCUCCAUUAUGAGGCCGUAUUACCAGGGUCCCGUAGGAGACAUCAUCCACUACCAGCUGGCCUUGGAUGACAAACUGGCCAUUCAGCAGCUUUAUGGCAGCAAGGAGGGGGAACGACCAGGAGGCGUCGACCCCAACCUCCCACGUUUGCCCAACCCACCUCCGACUAGACCGACAAGGCCGUCUGACCCUACCGUCCACAACCGUUGUCACGGGGGAUUUGACGCAGUGGCCAACAUCAGAGGGGAGGUCUUCUUCUUUAAAGGUGCUAAUUUCUGGAGGACCACGCGAGACGGCUCACUGGUGUCCCUUAAUCCGGCUCAGAUCAAAAAUUUUUGGAUCGGACUUCCACCGGGGACAAAUAAGAUUGACGCCGUGUACGAGAGAAAGAGCGACAAUAGUAUCAUCUUCUUUAUCGGAUCUCAGUACUGGGUCUUCAAAGACACGGUGGCCAUGAGCGGCUAUCCUCGCCCGCUCUCUGAAUGGGGGAUGAAACGCAAGAGCGGCACGUUAGUGGACAGAGUGGACGCCGCCUUCAUCUGGGCCCAUAACGGCAAGACCUACUUGUUCAGCCAAGGCGAGUUCUGGAGAUUCGACGAGAGUCAGAAAGACCAGCAGGCGACCCGGCAGCCGGAGUCGGGCUAUCCGCGUGACAACAGCCUGUGGACCGGAGUUCCUUCCUACAUGGAUGACAUCAUCAGCUGGGGAGAAGGGGACGCCUAUUUCUUUAAGGACAACCACUAUUGGGUGCUCAAAAGCGGAGGCAUGAAUCAAGACGUCGUGGAACCCAAAUCCACCGCCGUGGACUGGCUGCGUUGUCCCGUAACCCCUCCGACCUCCGCUCCGGCAAAUCCCGACAAGCCAAACAGGUGUCGCUGUGACCUCACGGGAUCGGCUUCAUCUCCAACCAGCAAUUACCUCCUGGUGUCUGUUUUGCUGCUCGUAAGGGGAAUUUGGAUCACCGCAAUGUAAACAAUUUUCGACUUUCAUAACAAUGUAUCCACCCUGAUUUGUACGAUGAAAUAUUUUGUAUAUACAACAUUGUUGGCGAGCUCUAUGACAGCGUCAAUCAAAAUGUAAGCAAUAUUAUCUUUAUGACAGCAGCAAUUGUUCAGCUCUUGUUUUCAAAUGUAAUGUGAGCCCGAGUGUGAAUUGUUAUUAUUAAACGGGAACGGAACAGGUUUUAAAUUACGUCUUUUUGUGUCGCAUCUUCAGUUACAUCUGACAAAAGAAUUCACUUGCAUGUUGGGUGGGAACUUAGAUCAAUAUCUCCAAAGGCGACCCAGAAGGAACGUCGUAUUGGGUUUACGAAACAGGGAUUAAAUGUCGACUGAAACGCAUUAAACGACUGUUGCCUCCCA